CUGGUAGCAAAAUGUUUCUUCGUCGCCGACCUGUCAAUAUUACUGAUGCGAGCACCGAAGGGAAGAGUUUCAACGAAGAGGAAGACUUCAAGCCUAUCGAUACGACGACCUAUGUUAUUUCGGUAUUCUCCCGCAACUUCUACCGCUUUAAGAUGUGUGCUCUGGUGUUAGCCUUCCUCAUUAAUUUCAUGCUACUUUUCUACAAGGUUGAACACGGUUGGUCAUAUGAGGAAGAGACAGAAGGCGGAGUUGGCGAUGGUGAAAGCAGUCUCGAAGAGGAGGAUAACGAAAACAUGAGAAAUCCCCUCAAAACAGCACUAGCCAGCUCAAUCUCAGGCAUGGCAGAUCGUCUCGCCGACAGUCUGGCCUCAAUGAGUACCGGAAUUGGUGAAGCCUCUGUUGACCCCGACGGCACGACAAGUGGCCUGUUGGCAGGUCUAGCAGGCCAUUUCCGAGAUCCUCUUGAGAGC